AUGGCGUCAUUAUUCCAACCGCGAAGAAGCAACGAAACCAACGGCGCAACUGCCGCCGACCCACAGCUGCUGGACUCGGUGUCAAUAUUCACAUGGGAGGAUGCGAUCGAUCUCUACCAAGGCUUCGAGUGGCAAGAGUCCGCAUCGACGUUCUUCCAGCUCUCGCGCACAGUCCACGAUGAUGACAGCAAGACACGGUGUCUGCUCAAUGCAGCGAUCAUCUAUGCGCGGAUGGGAAAACACAGCCAAUCUGCCAAUGUUCUCGAGGAGGUCUCCACCACAGGAGAUGACCUCGCACUGACUCUAUUCCUCAUGGGCCAUGUCAAGCAUGCAAUGGGAGCUUCAACCGACGCCGAACAGUGUUUCCGCAUCGCGCUCGAUCAACUUGAUGGUAAAGGCGCCAAAUUCCGAGACCUCGACUUCACCCUCAAUCCAUCUAACAUCACCCUCAAUCUUGACACUCUGAAGGAGUCCAAAUCCAGCGCAGCCGACUCAAAUGGUCUAAUUCUACCUGCAGAUGGUCUGCUCAAACCAGUAUCUCGCCCAUCGUUGCGCCAUUCUACCUUCGCGCGCAACUCCCAGAGCUAUUCAAAGCGUGACGGAACCAUCGUCCUCGUUUUCCCAGAAAGUCCGGCGAGCGAUAUUACCGUCAAGGCGGGGCCGCCGUCUCCUGUGCCGGCACACACCCGGAUCGAGUCCGUCGAGUACGCCAGUGGAGACCUAAAGUAUCACAACAAGGAGAAUGAGGCCCCCAGCAAACCCGAGAGCCCGGCGCCGAAGCCUGCAUCAUCGUUCCGAAGUCUCAGCACCAUGGUCAGAAGAAUCUCGUAUCGACAGUCCUCCAAAACACCGAAUGCGACAGAUGCCAACGCGCCACCGGUUCCCACCCUUCCCCGGACAAAGCCGAGCCACACAGCGCGUGAAGCUCGAGGAAUUGGUCAAUCAGUCCGAGAGCUGACCAAUUUUAUUCGUCACCUUCCACAACAGGAUGAGGGUAGUGCCGCUACGUCAGCGUGGAACGUCAGUAUACCUACUGCCCCCACCACCCCGGCCUCAUCCAAUGCUGCGGCAUCUUCGGCUCGUGGUUCUGUGUCAUCCUCUCUUCCUGGACUCACCGACCACGAGAGCCUCUCCGAUAAAUCUAUACACUCUGCCAUCGACUCCAACGCUGCUAGCAUCCAAUCCGUUGAUGCCGCCAUCCACAUUGGUAGCGAGUCGCCCGACGUUGACUUGGCUGUACCGUUCAAAAACCCCAUACGAAGAGUCGUAGCUAUGGAACGAGCGCACAAACUCUUGGCGGACCAAUCUCGCAGCCCACCGGUGGAGUCGACCCCACGUAUGAUUCACCAACAGUCGACACCAACGAUGCGUCCGGUCACAUUCAUCGACACAGUGGCCAGGCGACCAAGCGUGGACUUUGCGAUGGACAGGCGAUCGACAGACGCUCCUCGAAAGCCACCGCCACGACCAGCAAGAUCGCCUGUCCGACACUCACCUGCGACGAAUCCGCCCACAGACCCGCCCGCGAGGCGGUUGCCGCCAGUCCCUCCUCCAAAGGGAGCGCUACCCGCCAUCCCACAGACCUCUCUCAAACCUCCGACUUCUCCCACACUCCCAACGCGCCGCCGACCGGUCCUGACCGAAAGAACCCUGUCCAUGAUCGGUGCACCUUUGCCCGCACUUCCGGAACAGAGCGAAGCGCGACAAACCCCUUCGAGCCUCCUCCCGAGCCAAGCGUCGUAUUUCGAGAAAUACAUCCCGAACCGCACGCCCGUCUUUCAAAUCGACUCAUCCCCACAACGGAUUUGA